UAAUUAUGAUGAUCCUGUACCAGACUCUCAAUUAAUUAACAUAAGCACAACCUUCAAUCAAGUCAUGUCCACUGUAAAAAAGACACAUCACAAGAAGGAAGAUGUAGCCACCAAUAGACCAGGCUAUAGAGAGGCCAGAUGGGAGAGAGCUGUGAAAGUGUACACAGUGAACCAGGAGAGCCAGUACCUAUUAGUGCAGAACGUGCAUGCCCUGGGGGUAACCCAGGAGCUCCUGCAGCUUUUCGCACUCUAUGGGGCCAUUCAAGAAUACCGACUGCUUGAUGAGUAUCCUUCAGAGCCCUAUACCGAUGUCUACUGGAUAAAGUUUUCCGAGAUUGACUCAGCCCGUGUGGCAAAGAGGAAGACCGACAACCACUCAUUCUUUGGCAAGAACCUCCAUGUCUGCUACGCCCCAGAGUUUGAGAGUGUGCAGGACACUAGAGAGAAACUGCAACAGAGGAGAAAGAUUAUUGCUGCUAAAACUAGAGACAAGGCUCAUCGUCCGUUGGAGCAAGAACAGUCUCAAGCUAGCAGCAUUGCACCUACCAACCCACCAUCAAACAAAUCUCCUAAACUGGAUCAGGGAUCAGUGCCUGGAAAAUAUCGUGAACACAAUUUUAUGACAGUACCUUCCUCGUUAUUGGAACCAGCCUCGUCCCAAAGUUCCAUACCAGUCCCUAUUCCGAUUCUACCAACCCCUCCCAUAAUGGGUGUGUCAUCUUACCCCUCCAUGGAAAGACAUGUUGCUCCUCCAAGCAGCUACCCAGUAGGCAAUAACGAGAGUGCUAAAAAAUCAGAUACUGGAACGCAAAAAACAGGGAAUUACAGCCGCAAACCUCAACAAAAGAUUCACGAAAGCCAUGAACUGGAACCUAAAAAAGGGUUAAGUUCAAACGAGCGAUUGUCUCUAUAUUUUUCUUCGCUAAACGACUCUCCUGGGGAAGCUCUGGGAGUAACUGGCAAUAGAACAACGUCAAGUGAAAAGCAAGCAAAAUCCACACAAAAAGUCGUUCAGCAGGCCACUAAUAACCCAUCUACCAAGAAAAGAAGGAGAAUAUAAUUUUUCAUACUUUAUUAUGCAUCUCUUCUUCUCUCACUAUACUCAACUACGGACUAUACUCGGACAUAAUUUUUGUGUGUGUGUGUGUGUGCUAUUUUAUUGAUUGUGGAGCAUUGCUCUGGUGGACAUUAUUUUAGUCAAAA